CUUUCAAUAUUUCCAUCUUCCAGAUUUUUCAAGCCUUCUCAAUCACAGCAGGCCCCUGUCCGAAAUUAUCAACUGAUGUGUCACUCAGCUGAUGCUGCUGAGUCAGUGUGGAUUGCUCUGGUCAGUCAGCUGCGUGCAUAUCGUAUUUCUUGUGUGACAAGUCGGCCAUACAUUCACUGCACAACAAAUCGGUCAUCGGCCACUAUCGCACUUGACGCGAGAUUUUGGCUACCAGGUAUCGUGUUCCCGUUGUUUGACAUUAAAUUGCCAUGUGGUACAUGUUUGUAACGGACAGUUCGCCAAAUUGUCAACACAGUAUCCAUUGGUGCAGCCAUGGGACGACGGACGCGUCGUCCUCUUUGACGGUUUUUUGUUCAUGCCGCUUCUUCGCCGCCCCGGGGGGGGGACGCGGCUGAACGAGGUUUGGCCUUGCCAGAACGAUCUCUCGCCCUGGCAGCCAUCGGAAUGUUGUCCCCGCAGCAUCCAGUGCCCGUUUUUUUUUCUGGCGCCAUCCAGCCCCUCCCCUCCCCUUCGUCACUUCCGUCAUUUUCUCUUCUGCAUUGCUCUUCUCUGUUCAGGUGGCCUGUUCGGCGAGCGUCCUGGUGAAGGUGAACUGCGACGUACUGCGUAACAUUAUCGUGCAGGGCGGUGGUCCCAUGGUGGUUUGUCUGAGGUGUUGUGCGAUAUUGUUCGCGCACCACCUGGAAAAGGGAGCGCGCGUGCCGAGCUCGCACCUGAGCGACGUCAGCCUGCCGAGCGAGCACCUGACCCGGUUUUCCAUGAGGGCGCUGCAGUUCUGCAAGCUGGCCAGCAGGACGAGCUCGGGCAGGUACACGACGGUGAGCAACCAGUCGCUGCCCCAGGGCGCCUAUGCCGUGGACGGCACCACGUCGCACGGGAUGUCCCUGCACGUAGCGGGGAGACAGAUGAUAUCCAAGGCCCUUACGAGUUUGUCGAUGUAGCCAGGUGGAGGGCGCUUGCCGGCGCAGAAGCUGCUGAGAUAAUGGUUGGCAUGCUAUCGUGAUCCCCGGAUUUGCAUCAGUGUUGGUCGUGCAGCCAGCCUUUAUGGCUACACGUACGAGUGGCCCUGCGCUGGAGUGUCUUUUGGCGCCGCCGUGUGGUGGCCCUGGGACACCCUUCUCCUGAACUGUCCUUGAUGUCUGUGCCCUGGUCUGGACAUGCGCCUCCAGCCGGCGGCACUUCUUCAGCCGAUACGUCGUGCAGACACGGCGUUGUUGAUUGAUUGACUUUUGGGGGACGUGGGGGGCAAACGCAAGCGCGCUGGCCUCAUUGCCGCAUCGCAUUCAACGAUCGGCAAGCCGUGGACGCAAGGUCCUGCUUGCCCUGGGUCACUGUUACCAUGCUAUCGCGACGUCCUACCUCGAGCAAAAACACACACACACCAUCAUUUGUGUUUUUGCAUUUGGCUGUUCUUUUUCUCAACUGCACCAGACCAGUGUAGGUCGCCGUUGCAGCGAGCACUUUGUCUCGAAUGCGCCUCUUUUGAAUCACCGGUGUUCCCUGCCUUCUGCAAACGCCUGAAUGGUGAACUGUCCAGCGAAGGUGCGCCAUGCAAGUGAACUGCGUGUUCCCCCAGCGCUUGGGAAGCUACUGGGGUUCCCCACCCCUGGCGCCACCCCUGACGAUAAGUAAGCAGUUUAGUCCGAGCGUGGCCCGAGCGUGCGCAGUGGCCAAGGCCCCACAGAAGAAGUGGCGCUGCCAUUCCGGCUGGCCAGCCGCGCCAGCCGCCUCCUAUGUCUCCUCCGCUGCUACCCUCGCGGAUGCCAUGGGCAAUCCUGACACCGACGCCUCACCAUUGCAGGGGAUUUGCAGUGGGGAUUGGGUUUAGUCCGAGCGUGGCCCAGGCGUGUGCACUGGUCAAAGCACCACAGAAGAGGUGGCUCUGCCACUCCGGCUGACCAGCCUCGCCCGCCGCCUCGCAUCUCCCCCUCUCCCUGUGCUGAUGCCAUGAGACCGCUUUUCCUUGUCCCCUGGCGAAGCGGGCGUGACC